CUGUUCUGGAACCAAAAACUCGGGAUUUCCCAUUUCAAGGGUCAUCAACUCAGAGUAAAGGGUUAAUAUGAGAGUUUGUUAAACCUGGCGGGAUGACCUAACACAGCUGACGGAAGUAACUCAGGGUAUUGUUGACGCGAGGGGCUUACUGGUAGAGUUUUAACAGGACGCCAUUUUGCUCCUGGAAACGGAGGGAGAGCAGCAGAGGUUGUAGCGAUUAAACAAACUGUACGCAUCUUCAGGUAAAUCAGAUAUAUUCAACACAAUGGCGAGUCCAGGGAAAGACAGCUACAGGAUGAAGAGCUAUAAGAACAAAGCUUUGAAUCCUCAGGAGAUGCGUCGAAGAAGAGAGGAGGAAGGAAUCCAGCUACGCAAACAGAAAAGAGAGGAGCAGCUGUUUAAGAGGAGAAAUGUAUGUGUACCUUCAAAAGAUGAUUCAAUGCUGGAAUGUCCAAUCCAGGAUCCAGACAUCAGCUCCACAGUACCUGUUGCAGGUGAUGGGGUAAUAACUCCAGAAAUGGUUCAGAUGAUUUUUUCAGAAGACCCAGACCAGCAGCUAAUUGCUACACAGAAAUUCAGGAAAUUACUCUCCAAAGAACCAAACCCACCCAUAGAUGAGGUCAUUUCCACUCCUGGUGUUGUGAAUCGUUUUGUGGAGUUCCUGAAGAGGAGUGAAAACUGCACGCUGCAGUUUGAGGCAGCGUGGGCACUAACCAACAUCGCUUCUGGUACCUUCCUGCACACCAAGGUGGUCAUUGAAACAGGAGCUGUUCCCAUUUUCAUUGAGCUGCUGAACUCUGAGUACGAGGAUGUCCAGGAACAGGCUGUGUGGGCGUUGGGGAACAUUGCAGGAGAUAAUGCUGAGUGCAGAGACUAUGUGCUCAACUGUGGCAUCUUGCCGUCUCUACAGCAGCUACUCGCUAAAUCCAAUCGUCUCACAACAACCCGGAAUGCAGUGUGGGCUCUGUCAAACCUAUGCCGAGGGAAGAACCCGCCACCAGAUUUUGCCAGGGUGUCUCCUUGUCUCAGUGUGCUGUCCAGACUUCUGUUCAGUAGUGAUCCAGAUGUGCUGGCUGAUGCUUGCUGGGCUCUGUCCUACCUUUCUGAUGGUCCAAAUGAAAAGAUCCAGACGGUCAUUGACUCUGGGGUCUGUCGCAGAUUGGUGGAGCUGCUCAUGCACAGUGACUAUAAGGUUGUUUCUCCUGCUUUACGUGCGGUUGGCAACAUUGUAACGGGAGAUGACAUCCAGACUCAGGUAAUCUUGAACUGCUCAGCUCUGCCAUGUUUACUCCACCUCCUCAGCAGUCCCAAGGAGUCCAUAAAGAAGGAGGCGUGCUGGACUGUGUCGAACAUCACAGCAGGAAACAGAGCUCAGAUUCAGAAUGUGAUUGAUGCCAACAUCUUCCCAGUACUGAUUGAGAUCCUUCAGAAGGCUGAGUUCCGCACAAGGAAGGAGGCAGCAUGGGCCAUUACUAACGCCACCUCUGGGGGCACUCCUGCACAGAUAAGGUAUCUGGUGUCUCUGAAUGCUAUCAAACCCAUGUGUGACCUUCUAACAGUGAUGGACUCUAAGAUCGUGCAGGUGUCUCUGAACGGUCUGGAGAACAUCCUUAGAUUGGGAGAGCAAGAAGCCAAACAGAACGGAACAGGCAUCAACCCGUACUGUGCUCUUAUUGAGGAAGCUUACGGUAUAGUUCUGCAGCACAUCAUGGCUAAAAUGCCAGAACUGGACAAAAUACAUUACUCACACCAUUGGCUUCUUAGACAGAUGGGACAGGAAUUUCAUUUUUUCUUUGCUGCUACAUUCAGUGAGCCAACAUUCUGUCCAGUUACAUUCAGGUUUUUUACUCUGAUCAGCCUCUCAUUGAAUAGUUUUCUUGUUAUAAUACACUUAUCUUGUUUCUGGUACAUGCACCAAUGAAAUAAUCUAGUAACUGAUAAAGUAUGUGUGACACAUAAUACACACACAUUCCUUACAAUACAAAACAUUCAGACAGAACCAAGAAAAGUGUUUUUUUUUUUUUUUUUUUCUUUUCUUUUUUCUUCUUCUAAAAAGCUCACAAGCACCAUGUGCACAUACAUAUCUGAGGUUUAGUUCUACUCCCACUUGGAUUAUUAAUAUAGCAUAAACUGCAAAAGACGAAGUAAACUAAUAAAGAAGCACAUUAUUAAAGAGGUCUGACCUUUGAAUCAGGCUCUUCCAGUCCAAAAUUAUUUGUAAUCGCUUUCACCUUGUCAGCAGUAGUUUCAUUUAAAGUCAUCCUGACCCUCCAAAUAGCUAAAUAGACAAAUCGCUGUGGAAACUACACACAGCUCUGAGAUGUCUCAGUGUAUUUGUGAGCCAGUGUCACCACCUACAUUCUUAUCACAUAAAAUUAAGCUUCCUACACAAUGGUGAAAGUUUUUUCAUUCAACCUGGCUUUCUCUAUCCACUUCACUUAACUAACUAAUUUACCGUUAGAAAUAUUUAAUAGCACUUCCUUCCUUGUAAUGGAUGGUUACAUUUCAGGUCAUGUAACAAACAAAUUCUCAGUUUGAAAAAAAAGAAUCACUACCUGUGCAUGUUUUGCUUCAUUGGCCUUUUAAUUCUGCUUGUUGUUGUUACCUCAGACAGCUAAGUGAGAACUUUGCCUGAAGAAAAUACUGUGUUAAAAUGAACAAAGUGUCAGUGCAAUAUAGGCCUGCCACUAACAACUACUUCUGCAUUGAUUAAUCUACAGACUAUUUUACCGAUAAAUUGAUUUAUCCAAAUGAUUAAUUUUCCUUCUGACACUUGCGGUGUCAGAAGGAAAAUUAGCACGCCUGUGUUAUCUCUUCAGGUGCUCAAGCAUAGCGCAACUGCUGCUGUGGUAUGCCAUCGAAACUUUGCAUAGUGUACAAACCACCUUUUUGUUUUGUGAUAAUCUGAAAUACUACUUUCGAGGCCUUGGGUCUUUAGAAACUUUUAUACUGAAACAAGGCGGACCAUCAUUUUCUAAAACUGUAGCGCUGACUGGAGCUGACCAAUGACUGGAGUCAAAAACGUAGUGAUGUUUAAGAAAAACAUGUUAUAAUGAAUUGAAGCAUUUUUAGAAAAAUUUUUUAAAAAGAUGCGUCAGUUUAAGAUAUUGAUGUCAAUGUCAUUGAUUACGGCAACUAAUCAUGGCAGCCCUACUGCAAUGCAGGAAAUGGCUUAUCAGAGAAGUACAGUAUUUCAAACUGGUGUGGUGUAGUAGUAUAGAAGUGUAGCACAGAAAUAGACAAGACACUAUGAGAUUUAAGGCACUACAAAGCCAUGAACUGAUCUUGAAUUGUAUUAUCCUUGACGCUUUGGUAAUAUCAUUCACCUGACAUUCAUGCAAAUAAAGUAUACUGAAUUGAAAUUGAAAAUAAUUGAAUAGAAUGAACUGUGUAUGUGUGCGUGCUCCCCUGCAGGCCUGGACAAGAUCGAGUUCCUGCAGAGCCACGAGAACCAGGAGAUCUACCAGAAGGCUUUCGACCUGAUUGAACACUACUUCGGCGUGGAGGAGGAGGACGCCAG